AUGUCCCUGUCAUCAGACAUUGAACAAGGUCACAUUCACGCUGCCCAAGUCAGCCAAAGCGGUGGUAAAACCGCUUUCAAAGAUUACUUGGGUAAAUUCGCUGACGUUGAAGAUCCAAUUGAAAGAAGGAGAUUGGCUUUGGAGGAAAUUGAUAAAGCCGGUUUUGGAUGGACUCAAGUUAAAAUGAUUAUGAUUGCUGGUGUUGGUUUCAUGACUGAUUCGUACGAUAUCUUUGCCAUUAACUUGUCAAUCAAUUUCUUGCAAUACGUUUACUGGGGUGGAACUAUGCCAGAUUCCACCAACACAUUGAUCAAGGUUGCCACUUCUGUUGGAACUGUUAUUGGUCAAGUUUCUUUUGGUACUUUUGCUGAUAUCGUUGGUCGUAAAAAGAUUUACGGUUUGGAAUUGAUUAUUAUGAUUUUCGCCACUGUUGCCCAAGUUGUUAUUGGUGAGUCCGCUGCUAUUAACUUUACUGCAUUGUUUACAGCUUUGAGGAUAUUGAUGGGUAUCGGUAUCGGUGGUGAUUAUCCAUUGUCAUCGAUUAUUUCAUCAGAGUUCUCCACUACUAAAUGGAGAGGUGCGAUUAUGGCAGCUGUUUUCUCCAACCAAGGUUUGGGUCAAAUCUUUGCUGGUGUAGUUGCCAUGAUUUGUGUUGCCGGUUACAAGGAUGACUUGAUUGGUUACACCAAAGAUACUGGGUGUCACGGUCCUUGUAUCAAAGCUUGUGAUCAAAUGUGGAGAAUCGUUAUUGGUUUCGGUUGUGUUCCUGGAUGUAUUGCAUUGUACUACAGAUUGACCAUCGCUGAAUCACCAAGAUAUGCCUUGGACAUGGACGAAGAAGGUAAUAUUAAAAAGCCAGGAAGUGGUGAGGUGGAACAAAUCAACGAUGAUGUUGAGAUUGUUGUGCCAAAGGCUUCAUUCAAAGACUUUGUCAGGCAUUUCGGUCAAUGGAGAUACGGUAAGAUUCUUCUUGGAACUGCAGGAUCAUGGUUUAUGCUUGAUGUCGCUUAUUACGGUCUUGGUUUGAACACCACUAAUAUUUUGCAAGCCAUUGGUUACGCAAGUGGUUCCAACAUCUACUGGAAAUUCUACAACUCUGCUGCAGGUAACUUGAUUUUGGUUUGUGCCGGUUCAUUGCCAGGCUAUUGGGCUGCCGCUGCUACGAUAGAUACCGUUGGUAGAAAACCAUUACAAAUUGGUGGUUUCAUAAUUUUGACCAUCAUUCUUUGUAUUAUGGGAUUUGCAUACCACAAGUUGGGUGACAAGGGAUUGCUUGCCCUUUUCGUUCUAGCCCAGUUUUUCGAAAACUUUGGACCAAACACAACCACAUUCGUCGUUCCAGGAGAGAGUUUCCCUACGAGGUAUAGAUCUACCGCUCACGGUCUUUCAGCAGCUUCUGGUAAAGUCGGUGCUAUCAUUGCCCAAACUUGUAUUGGUACCCUUCAGAACCAUAACUGUGCUAAAGAAGGUAAAGACGCAGGAUGUUGGAUCAACCACGUGUUGGAAAUCUUUGCUCUUUUUAUGCUUUUGGGUAUCUUUACCAGUUUCCUUAUUCCUGAAACCAAGAGAAAGACAUUGGAAGAGAUUUGUGAGAUUUAUCAUGGUGAAGUAGACCUUACCACUGUUGCUAGGGAUAAGUUUGAAACCGCCGUUGUUGAGUCUUCUGACGAGAAGAAUUAG